GGCCGGGGAUCGGGGAAUGGAGGCGGGCGCGGCGGGCAGCUCUCGCGCGUUGCCGGCGGGGGACGGCGGGCCGCGCGCCCACCUGGCCGCGCUGGUGCUGGCGCGCGGCGGCAGCAAGGGGAUCCCGCUGAAGAACAUCAAGCUGCUGGCGGGGGUGCCGCUCAUCGGCUGGGUGCUGCGCGCCGCCGGCGACGCCGGCGUCUUCCACAGUAUAUGGGUUUCUACAGACCAUGAUGAAAUUGAGAAGGUUGCAAAGCAGUUUGGUGCUCAAGUUCAUCGCAGAAGCCCCGAAGUAUCUCAAGACUCCUCAACUUCUCUAGAAGCUAUCAGAGAGUUUCUUAAUCAUCACCAUGAGGUUGAUAUUGUAGGAAACAUACAAGCAACAUCUCCCUGUUUACAUCCCAGUGAUCUUAUAAAAGUGGCAGACCUCAUCCAGAAGGAGGGGUUUGAUUCUGUCUUCUCUGUUGUGAGACGGCAUCAAUUUAGAUGGAGCGAGGUAAAAAAAGGAGAAAACAAAAUGACAGAACCCCAAAAUCUGAAUCCAGCGAAACGGUACCGGAGGCAAGAUUGGCCUGGGGAGCUGUAUGAAAAUGGCUCAUUUUAUUUUGCCAAGAGACAUUUGAUUGAGAAAGGCUACUUGCAGGGUGGUAAAAUGGCCUACUAUGAAAUGCGUGCAGAGCACAGUGUGGAUAUCGAUAUAGACAUUGAUUGGCCUAUUGCGGAGCAGAGAGUAUUGAGCUUUGGAUAUUUUGGCAAAGAGCCAUUAAAAGAGGUGAAGCUAUUGGUUUGCAGUAUUGAUGGAUGCCUGACAAAUGGUCGCAUUUACGUGACAGAAGACCAGAAGGAAAUGGUCUCCUACGAUUAUAGAGAUAUUGUUGGUAUCGAUCUAUUAAAGAAAAGAGGAAUCCAGGUUCGACUCAUCUCUGAAAGAGACUGUUCAAAAACGCUGUCAGCCAUGCGGUUGGGAUGUGUAGCUAAAGUUAGUGCAACAAAUAAAUUACAGGUCUUGGAGGACUGGCAAAAAGACAUGAGUUUGAGCUGGAAAGAAGUCGCUUACUUAGGAAAUGAAGAGUCUGAUGUGGAAUGCCUGAAGAAAGCUGGCAUGAGUGGUGUGCCUGCUGAUGCUUGUGCAGUUGCUCAGAAGGCUGCUGGUUAUAUUUGCAAAAGCAGUGGUGGCUGUGGAGCUGUCCGGGAGUUUGCAGAGCACAUAUUUCUGUUGUUAGAAAAAGUGAACUCUGCAAGAAAGCAAAUGGAAGAACUGAGUUCAGCAGGAAAGGAAACGGGAGGAAAUGAGAACGGCAGGAGAGGAAAUAAGGAACUAAGGAUAAAGGAGUAACACAGCUGGUCAAUCCUGCUUUUCUUCUUUUUCCCCUUCCUCUCUCAGUAAGUCUAUAUCCCAAAGGAUGGCUUAUCUUUUGAGUUUACAUUGCAGUAGAGUUAAAGGUGUUUCCCUCUAAUUAAAGGUUCCACUUUGAUUAAAUGCUGAUAUUCAUGAAUGUAUGCUGAUAAGCACGAUUAUAUUAAUGAUUAUUUUAAAAGCCAUUUAAGUGCAAUGGAAGGAAUGCUACGAAAGGUAGCAUCCUAUAAAUCUACUCUUGAUCGUUAUACCUGUCCUACAUGAAUGAUAUGUUUUAAUUUCAUAAACUGAAUGUUUUCAGGGAUCAGUGAUUGUGCAUGACUUGAGGAUUUGUAAUUCAGACUUUCAAAACCAAAUUUGUCAGUUUUACUCCUUUUGUUUACAAUUCCUCUACCAAAUGUCAGUAUGAUGUAGCUGCGUGCUUGCUUUUUACUUAAUUUGUUCCUAGAAAGGAAGAGUUUUAGCAUAUGCUGGAGAGGUCAGGUGUCAAAUAACCAUCAAACUUCAUCCUACACUUUAAAAGACAGGUCACUGUAAAACCAGUUAAUAUUAGUAUUGGUUAAGAAAAGCACUUAAGCAUGUGUUGAAUUUUAAGUUCAUAAACAAUAAAUGGCGUUUAGAAUUGUGCCAUUUAUCACUGUAUCUGUUUAUAUUAGUUUUUUUGAAGUGCUUAAAUUAACAUACCCAAACAAUUUGCCAAAUUUUGAGUUAAAUUUCCCAUUAAGCUUGAGAUCUUUCCUUUGUAGAAACUUGCUUUCUUUCUAUGAAGACUUUAUUACAAUCACUAAGGAUUAAAAUAAAAAGAUCUUUAGUGUUUAUUGUAUGGAAGAGUAAAAAUGCUGUUUAAAAAAAACCCAAAACAUAGUUGUUGACUGUGAGUUUAUAAAAAAUAUUCAGAUUAUUUUUAGCAUGUUAACUUAAAGCUGUUGUAUGUGUAUGUUUGUAUUUAUGUACAAUACCAUUUUUACUGUCUUGAUUUUAAAGAACUCGGAUAUCUGUAGAAAGUUGUAGAACUGACACUAAAAAUAUGCAUUAGUUUCCAAUCCUAGUAUUUACCAGCGAGUCAAGUUCUGCCUUGGGUUAUGGUAAAAAAUAAAUACCCAUGGUACCCAGGCAGUUACUACUGAGGUGAGUGAUAAUGGCUUGUCAUAUUAUUUUGUUUCUCUGCUAAAUAGACACUCCCAGUAUAAUAUCACCUGACGUAUUGCCCUCUUUUGAUUAACUUUGUGCUUCCUUUUACAAAGCAAAACUUCAAACGGAAAUUCUUUUACCACCUAUCUACAGUAGCAAGGUUAACAGGUGAAUAGUUCACCAUACUCAUCAGCUCUAAGUUAUCAUUAGGUAUUUCCUUUCAUUGAGUUUCAGCACCAGAUAAACCCUAUGGACUUUGAUAACAGGACAGCCACAGUUUGGACAGAACUAUGGACUUUGCUAUAGGUAGAUGAAUUAUUUUAGCUGUAUAGACUAUGUGGUAAAGUUUCAGAAGUCCAGAUUGGAUGAACUAUAUGUCACAUAAAAUUAGCCAAGUUUUUAGUUCACUUCACCUUGUCAUCAUCAAGUAACUUGCUGGCUUGGAUUUCAAGAACAGUUUCCUGUGAAUUGAUAGCUUUGAACAAGGUGACUGUUCAAGGUGAACUUGAUUCCCAUUCCUUUUGUUAGAGAAAGCAAAAAUAUGAGUAAGUGCAAUUAAAACAGAACUAUGAGCUGGCAAUACUAUUUGUAGCUUACUGUUUGAAUCAAGAACUCUUCUAAUGUUUCAGCCCUCUUGGGGGCAAUUCUUGAGUGUUUUGUGUGUGUGGUUAUACGCUCUUAAAUAAACUUCACUUCCCUGUGUUC